CACAGGACGAAGUCUUCAGGCUGGCCACCUCCCUCAGGAACCUGGGCCUUGAACCAGGUGCCGCCCUAUGGAUGGGAGAUGACGGCAAGCCGAGAUGGGCGAGACUGCUUCAUCAGCCACAUGACACAGGCAAUCCCAUUUGACGACCCUCGCCUAGAGAGCUGCCAAAUCAUCCCUCCGGCUCCCCGGAAGGUGGAGAUGAGGAGGGACCCUGUGCUGGGAUUCGGUUUCGUGGCAGGGAGUGAAAAGCCAGUGGUCGUUCGCUCAGUAACUCCAGGUGGCCCCUCCGAAGGAAAGCUGAUCCCGGGAGAUCAGAUUGUGAUGAUUAAUGAUGAGCCAGUCAGUGCUGCGCCGAGGGAGCGGGUCAUCGACCUGGUCAGAAGCUGCAAAGAAUCGAUACUGCUCACUGUCAUUCAGCCUUACCCUUCUCCCAAAUCAGCAUUUAUUAGUGCUGCAAAGAAGGCGAGGUUGAAGUCCAACCCGGUCAAAGUGCGUUUCUCUGAGGAGGUCAUCAUCAAUGGCCAAGUGUCGGAAACUGUUAAGGACAAUUCACUUCUUUUUAUGCCAAAUGUUUUGAAAGUCUAUCUGGAAAAUGGGCAGACCAAAUCAUUCCGUUUUGACUGCAGCACCUCCAUAAAGGAUGUCAUCUUAACCCUUCAAGAGAAGCUCUCCAUCAAGGGCAUCGAACACUUCUCCCUCAUGCUGGAGCAGAGGACAGAAGGGGCCGGGACCAAGCUGCUUUUGCUUCAUGAACAGGAGACCCUAACUCAGGUGACACAGAGGCCCAGCUCCCACAAGAUGAGGUGUCUUUUCCGAAUUAGCUUUGUCCCAAAGGACCCAAUUGACCUUUUAAGGAGAGACCCAGUCGCUUUCGAGUAUCUCUAUGUUCAGAGCUGCAACGACGUUGUUCAGGAGCGAUUUGGGCCAGAGCUGAAAUAUGACAUUGCCCUGCGGCUGGCAGCGUUACAGAUGUACAUUGCCACCGUUACCACCAAGCAGACACAGAAAAUCUCUCUCAAAUACAUUGAAAAAGAAUGGGGAUUGGAGACUUUCCUUCCUUCUGCUGUGCUGCAAAGCAUGAAAGAGAAGAACAUAAAGAAAGCACUUUCACACCUUGUCAAAGCAAAUCAAAACUUGGUACCACCGGGUAAAAAGCUCUCUGCACUGCAAGCCAAGGUCCAUUACCUCAAGUUCCUCAGUGACCUUCGAUUAUAUGGGGGCCGUGUGUUCAAGGCAACGUUAGUGCAGGCAGAGAAGCGCUCAGAAGUAACUCUCCUGGUUGGGCCCCGGUAUGGCAUAAGCCACGUCAUCAACACCAAAACUAAUCUGGUGGCACUUUUAGCUGACUUCAGCCAUGUCAACAGGAUCGAAAUGUUUACCGAAGAGGAGAACUUGGUGAGGGUAGAGCUCCAUGUGCUAGAUGUGAAGCCCAUCACGCUCCUGAUGGAAUCGUCAGAUGCCAUGAACCUGGCCUGCCUGACAGCUGGAUACUACCGGCUACUUGUAGAUUCCAGGAGGUCCAUAUUUAACAUGGCCAACAAGAAAAACAAUGCAGGGACCCAGGAAACAGGAACUGAGAACAAAGGAAAGCAUAACCUCGUUGGCCCAGAUUGGAACUGUAUACCCCAAAUGACCACCUUUAUCGGCGAAGGGGAACAAGAAGCCCAGAUAACAUAUAUAGAUGCAAAACAGAAGACAGUUGACAUUGCAGAUGGCACCUUGUGUCCCAAAGACCAUCGGCACCUGUACAUAGACAAUACCUAUAAUUCCGAUGAGCUUAACCCACAGCUGGCCCAGCCAGGUGAUGCCCCCUGUGAGGCAGACUACAGAAGUCUAGCUCAGCGGUCUCUGUUGACCCUCUCUGGACCAGAAACUCUAAAGAAAGCACAGGAAACUCCUAGAGGAGCUAAAGUGUCCUUUAUUUUUGGUGAUCUCGCCUUGGAUGAUGGCAUGAGCCCCCCGACUCUCGGCUACGAAAGGCUGUUGGAUGAGAGUCCAGAGAUGCUGGAGAAGCAGAGGAACCUCUACAUCAGCAGUGCCAACGACAUGAAGAGCCUGGACCUCGCUCCAGAUACAGAGGGCAUCCAGUUUGUGGCAAAUUCCAUUUAUGCAAACAUAGGCGAUGUGAAGAACUUCGGGGCCACCGAAGGGAUUGAGGAGCCCCUUCUGCAUGACAUCUGUUAUGCAGAAAACACCGACGACGCAGAGGACGAGGAUGAGGUGAGCUGUGAGGAGGACCUCGUGGUAGGAGAGAUAGACCAGCCACCCAUCCUCAACCUGGCUGGCUCCAGCGAUGACAUCAUUGACCUUACGUCUCUGCCCCCUCCGGAAGGCGAUGACAAUGAGGAUGACUUCCUGUUACGUUCCUUGAACAUGGCCAUUGCUGCUCCCCCUCCUGGCUUUAGAGACAGUUCAGAUGAGGAGGACUCUCAGAGCCAAGCAGCUUCCUUCUGCGAGGACAAGGAGCAAGGCAGUGGCCUACAAAAUGACGAGAUCCCCGUCUCCCUCAUCGAUGCUGUGCCCACCAGCGCUGAAGGGAAGUGUGAGAAGGGGCUGGACAAUUCUGUCGUCUCCACACUGGAAGCUCUGGAAGCUCUGUCCGUGUCAGAAGAACAGCAGACCAGUGACAAUUCAGGUGUAGCCAUCUUGCGGGCUUAUAGUCCUGAGUCUUCAUCAGACUCGGGCAAUGAAACUAACUCUUCUGAAAUGACGGAGAGUUCUGAACUGGCCACAGCACAGAAGCAGUCAGAAAACCUCUCCCGCAUGUUCUUGGCCACUCACGAAGGCUACCACCCUCUUGCCGAAGAGCAGACAGAGUUUCCCGCCUCCAAACCCCCUGCUGGGGGCUUGCCUCCAAAGUCCUCUCAUGCCCUGGCAGCUCGCCCAGCAACCGACCUCCCACCCAAAGCUGUGCCUUCCAAGCAGAUUCUUCACUCAGACCACAUGGAGAUGGAGCCCGAAACCAUGGAGACCAAGUCGGUCACAGACUAUUUUAGCAAAUUGCACAUGGGGUCGGUGGCAUAUUCCUGUACCAGCAAAAGGAAAAGCAAGCUAGCCAACGGGGAGGGGAAAACACCCCCUCCUGGGAACAUGCCAGGGAAAAAACAGCAGGGGACCAAAACAGCUGAGGUGGAGGAAGAUGCCAAAGGUGCAUUUGGUACUGUGUCUUCAAGGGACAGUCAACACCUAAGCACUUUUAACCUGGAGAGAACUGCCUUUCGCAAAGACAGCCAAAGAUGGUAUGUGGCCGCCGAGGGUGGGGUGGCUGAAAAAAGUGGGCUGGAAGCAGCCACAGGGAAAACCUUUGCAAGAGCUUCUGGUCUCGGGCCAAGGGAGGCUGAAGGGAAGGAUGAAGGGGCUGCAGAUGGAGAAGCCAGUGAUGGUUCUGGACUUGGCCAAGGGGAUCGCUUCUUAACUGACGUGACCUGUGUAUCCUCAGCCAAAGAUGUGAAUAACCCAGAGGAUGCUGACUCAACCACCCAUGACCAUCCUCCCAAGCUUCCAGAGGCAGAAGAGAGCAUGGCCCGGCUUUGUGAGUACCACUUGGCCAAGCGGAUGUCGUCUCUGCAGAGUGAGGGCCACUUUUCUCUACAGAGCUCUCAAGGCUCUUCAGUGGAUGCCGGCUGUGGCACAGGCAGCAGUGGCAGUGCCUGUGCCACGCCUGUGGAGUCCCCGCUGUGCACCUCCAUUGGGAAGCACCUGAUUCCUGAUGCUUCUGGGAAAGGCGUGAGUUAUAUCCCUUCAGAGGAGAGAGCCGCUGGGCUCCCCAACCACGGAGCCACCUUUAAGGAAAUGCACCCUCAGACAGAGGGGAUGUGUCCGCGGAUGACAGUGCCUGCACUGCACACAGCCAUUAAUGCCGAACCCCUGUUUGGCACUUUGAGAGAUGGAUGUCAUCGGCUCCCCAAGAUUAAGGAAACCACAGCUUUGACAGAGCCUGGGAAGGAGAGACAAGGAGGCAUACCUUCAGCUUGGUCUCAACAUCCUAAAGCUGAUCCCAUCCUGCUACCAUCAACCAUUCACUUGGAAUCAAAGGUGCCAAUUGAAAAUGAAGACCCUAAUGAUUUCUCCCAAGCAAACCAGGCAUACAGAGGGGCUGUGAGCUGGAGGCCACCAGAUCUGAGAGGGGGGAGCCUCAGGACACCACCUAGCCAGAAGGUGCUGAGACGUAGCAGCAGUGCCCUCUUGGGAUCUGUAGGUAUGGAGACCCUCCGAGAGAGGACCAAGGGUGUAGUCAGUGUAAACUGUCCGGGUAUCACAGAAGUACCAGAGGCCAGUUCGGAAAGACGAGCAGAACUCCCCCUGGGGAAAAAGCUCACCAAAAGCUUUUCCCAAAGUUCGAUGCACUUCAGCUCUGAGAGGAAGGCUCAUAAGAGGUCCCCGGGGACUCAGAAAGACUCAAAGCUGUACAGGACAUUACCCUUGCGGAAGCUGGAGGGCAGCAAUUGGGGGUGCCGAGGACCUUUUAGCUACUGUUUCCUGAACCGAGGGCAGGAUGAAGAUGGUGAUGAGGACGACAAGGGGGAAGAUGUCACCCGCCGGGUCUCUUGCCUCUAUAAACCACAGCUGACUCAAGCCAUGCCAGAGCCAACCAGCCCAUCCCCAGCUGUUGAGAUUCAGAAGAAAGGAGGGGAGCUGUCCAAAGGUUCAGUGCUGAAGGCCUGGGAGGAAAAAUUGAGUUGCCCAGAUGACUUAGACUUCAGCAACCUGGCGUUUGAUGCCCAGAUUGCAAGAAUAAAUGCCCUAAAAGAGAGCACAUAUUCAAUGCCUGAUGGGUUCCUCGCAGCCCAGAAUGAUGCCAAUGAGCUUCUCUGCCUCGUCAGGGCAACUGCGGGGAAGAGAGAGGAGCCGCGCCCUGAAGCGUAUGACCUUACACUUUCUCAGUACAAGCAACUGUUAUCCAUCGCAUCCAGACAGUUGGGAAGUGCCUGUAGGAAAAUGGCAAUGGCCGAGAAAAGCCCAGAGGAGAUGCUCCUAGCUAUGACUUCCAGCUUUCAAGUGCUCUGUUGCCUAACAGAAGCUUGCAUGCGAUUAGUUAAAGUCGUGGACUCAGAAACACAGCAGCAGGAAAUUGUAGCGAAGAUUGAUGAAGUGGUCAUAAACUACAUUUGUCUCCUGAAAGCUGCUGAGGUAGCCACUGGAAAGACCACUGGGGAUCCCACUGUUGGACUCUCGAUGCGACAUUCAACCACCAUGGCCGCUAUCGUAAGCACACUAACACGUUCUCUCAAGAUGCUUUUAAAUAAAUAAAGUGUGAAAGUCACGUCAUAAUCUACCUUUGCAAAGCCAUACAUGAACUUUUCUUUACUUUCUGUGUACGAUGAACAGAUGUCUCCUUUCUUCUGUCUGUAUAUUUUGUUAUUUUGUAUAAAAUAGGAGAUAAAAGUCCCAUUGAUGAAAUGUUGAAAUGUACUAAUCAGAUGUAUUCUGUUUAUAUUAUACAUAUAUAUAUAUAUAUACAUGUAAAAGAAAUAUAUAAGAAAGUGGUGACUUUUGGCUAUUUUUCAUAUAGUCGAAACUCCAGGUAUAUGAUGUGAAAUUUUAAAUUCUGUGUUAGAGAAAAACAAUGACCCCCUACCCCUUUUCCUUCCAAGUGGAUACUUGGAGACCAUAUCAUUCAUAUUUAGAAGUAAAAAAUAAAUAAAUAAAUCACAAUGUAUAUAAAAACAGUACUUAUGUUUUAAAAUUAUGAUUUUUAAGCAUUGGAAAUAGCAAAAGACAUUUAAAAUUCAAGAAGCUAUU